UAUUUCGAAUAGUAGGGUAAAAUUGUCAUUUUCGUUGGAAUGCGACCCGAGCCCAACAGAUUGCUUGCUCCUUCUCCUCCAUUGUUGUUAUGGCCGCCAAUUUUUGUGAAUUUGGGAGUUUUCAUGGAGAUUAUGGAAAAGUAUUUGUAGUUCGAUUUAUAAAGUCUCUUUUGUUCAUUGUAAAAUUGAGCUAUCAAUAAAAUAAAAUUACCCCUUUUUUUUUUCUCCCUAUGAUUCAAUUUCUACAAUUUUUUUGAGUACAUAAACAACAAUCUUUCAGCAUAUUACAUCAAAGAUUUUCUCUUCAGUUUUGUGAUGAUGGAUGUGGAAGAAACCUCAAGUUUGCCUCUGCCAGACGCUUUUCUUAAUUUUCUGAAUCAACAUGACUUGGAUCCUUCUAUUUAUACUGCCACCGAUUCUAUACCUCGUUAUAUAAGGUUAAAGCCCGGUUAUGAGGAUUUGCUUGAAGAAAUUGAAAGUGAUAUUAGAUGCAAGCUUGAAAAAGUUUGUUGGUUGCCCAAUUUCUAUCAUCUUCAACCUGAUGUUCGAAUUGCUAGUUCGAAGGCAUACCAAGAAGGGAAGAUGUAUGGAAUUGAUGCAGCAUCCGGAGCUGCUGUGACAGCUUUGGGCAUUUCAGUUGGGGAUCAUGUCCUUGAUCUUUGUGCUGCACCUGGUGCUAAACUUUGUAUGAUGUUGGACAUUCUUGGCAGUUCGGGUUCUGUUACUGGUGUUGAUAUUGCAAAACAUCGUUUAGCGGCCUGUAGAACCAUGCUACAGAAAUAUAGUCUUGGUGAUCAUUGUCGUCUUUUUGUUGCUGAUGGAACCAGCUUUUCCCUUCUCCCUGUCAGGGUCCAUUCAGGCUCUCCGUUGCAAAAUGAAAAUGCAGCUGAAUUUGCCGCCGGAGAAAAAUCUGAAGUAUAUAGGGAGUGGAAGUCCCGCAGACCAUGGAAAGAAAGGAAGAAGGAAGCUAUAGCGAGAGAAAAAGGUGUCUCCAAGCUAUUCUCACCAGCUCAAGAACCAGAGCUUAUAUUUUAUGGUCGGUUAUCUGGGGUGGUUGGGAUGAGAAAAAAUGAAUUAUAUCAAAAGAUGCCUAUCAGUAAGGUUUUGCAUCUCGGCUAUGACAAGGUUCUUGUGGAUGCAGAAUGUACCCAUGAUGGUUCUAUUAAGCACGUUCAGAAAUUUGAGCAAUGGGGCUGGACAACCUUCCAGCGCCGUGUGCUAGAUGCAGAAAGAACCGAUGAUCUGACUGUCCUUCAGCUGCAACUUCUGACUAAUGGAUUCAGAUUGCUCAGAGUUGGGGGAGUCCUUGUCUAUAGCACUUGCAGUUUAACCUUUGCUCAGAACGAGGAUGUGGUCGAGCGGUUCCUUUCGGAGGACAUAUCUGCAGAAUUGCUAGAGAUUACUGCUGCCAAAAAUUGGCCAUGCAAGAGUGGCCGAAUACAGAAAACCUUACGAUUUGAUCCUUUGACAUCUUGUACAAGCGGACUCUUUGUUGCUAAGUUCACAAAAUUGGUCAUUUAGUCGAAAGAGGUUUGUUCUCUAAACCCUAUCCAUAUCCUAGCUCGAACAUCAUAAUUGGCUGGCAAAUUUAGUGUUCUACUUUUACCUUUCAGUUGUGCGGAAACUCCUUCAUGUUAGUUUAUGCAUAAACCAUUUAUCUAAAAUAAUUCGAAUUCGAGAUCGUGCUGAUGGUGAAGUACUCAUUGAAAGUAUUCGAUGUCCAAAACCCUCAAGUUCAACUAAUCUAGAUUUGCGCAAUUGAAGUCACACCACGAGGGAAUUGGAUUACUCGAAAAACUUCUAUGUAUAUGAUUAUACCUGUUUUACACACUUUGUUGAUGGAAAUAGCUUUUUUUUUUUUUCCAUGGAUGGAAAGGAAAAUCUAUUUGGCACCAAAAGUUUGGAGUACAGAAUUUUGUACAAAUAUGCUUGGGAGUGAGGUGAAGUUACUAUUACAGAUGUUCUAUUCUUCAAAAGUUUAAGCGUGAACGUGUUAAUAGACUCCGAAAAAUGUUUAGCUCAGAUGUUUCGAAAAAUGUUUCUCUUUGUUUCUUUUUCUUCGGAUUGGAUCUACACAAUUUUUUUGAUAUUUUCUUUGUGUUGCUAAUGUUCUAUAGGGCAUGAGUUCUAGUCGAGUAUCAUAGGCGUUUCCUCAUAGGAACAUUGUGAAUUUGAGCUCGGAGAUGUAGAACAAAAAUUUGUUUAUUUGCAUCAAGAUUUUGAAGGGCUCA